AUGACCCACCCUCGCCUUGCAACUUACCUUGCAAAGGGUGUAUCCCAGACGCCGUUGCCACCCGUUGCUAUUGCUCUUCUCGACAGCCUUGGCGAGGGUGCGGUCUUCCGAUGGCUUGUGCCUUUGGUCGUUCUGUCGAUUCUGCUGACUCGAAUCGCACCUUCUUCUUCGAAGGGAGUCAACCUGGCGACCCCAUUCUGGAAGAUCGGCUCUCCACCGGCUGGCUUGAACCUCUCGGGAGAUGCGAAAGACACUCGAUUCAGCCGCUUCAGCCACGGAGAGGAGCUAUCUGACGAAUGGCGAAGUCGAUACGGCACUCAGCCCCACUGGACGCGCAACGGUGGAGUCACGGAAGUGGUGCUCUCGACUCCCGCUCAGGUCAUGUCGUUCUACCAUCGAGACGCCAAGCUGCACACCAAGCGCGAUAGCAUCGGAUUUGGUCACUACUUUGGCCGGCUGCUGGGCAAAUGCGUGGGUGCGAUUGACGGCGAGCGUUGGACGUUGCUGCGCGGUAUCUUUGAUCCGCACUUCACCCAUCGCGUGUCGCUUUCGCUGGGUCCCGCUAUGCUGGGUCUGGUGGAAGACUGGGCGGAGAGCCUGAGUGACAGCGGCGGACUGAGCUCAUUCGAUCUCGAAGCUAUCGAGGCUACGAGCAAGUUGCCGUUCAAGAUCAUCUCGCUUGCCAUCUUCGGGCACGUGGUGCUUGAGGAAGAAAACUUCGAAAGACUGUGGAGCAUGGUCAAGCUGCACGAGGAGAUCUUCCAGUAUGCGGCGCUGCAUCGGUGGGCCAAGCAUGCGGCUUAUCAGGCUUGUUUCUGGACGCGCGCCAAUAGGAUCAUGGGCCAGUUCCAGCGGGAAUUUGCGCAGUUCUGCCUCGACAUGGUUGCCAAAGAUACCAACUCUCCGGCGGCGGAGAUGCAUUCGCGAGUCAAGGACAAGACGAUGACGAUGGACGAAUUCACACAAACAAUCGACGAGAUCCUGUUUGCAAACAUUGAUGUUACCGCAGCAGUCAUCGCCUGGACGUUGAUCCACAUCGCCCAGACCCCUGGUGUACAGCCUUGGCUUCUCCAAGACUUUGUGACGCAGGAGUCGGCGACGACAAGGCCGGAUGUCCUCUUCUCCGACUACAUCUGUGCUACCGAUACGAUUCUACACUGGACGAUCAUGGAAUCGAUGCGACUCUCGCCACCGACGUUCUUCUCUCUGCCCGAGCAGUCAGGCCAGCACAAGGUGCUACCUGGUGGAGGCGUACUACCGGCUGGGACGCCCGUCAUCAUCGACGCCUGGACGCUCAACCGCCGCAGUGAGGUGUGGGGGACAGACUCGUUGGAAUUUGACCCGACUCGUUUCCGCGAUCUCAAGGCUUCCGACUACCGCUACUCUCUGUGGCGAUUUGGAAUGGGGCCACGCAAAUGCGUUGGUCAGUUCUUUGCGGACAAGAUCAUCAAGAUGGCUGUGUACAGUGUUCUGAAACGGUACGAUUUGAAAGUGCACGGCGAUGCACCCUCUCCGCGCCACGACCGAAUGACCAACACUCCUCAGGGACGGCUACUCUUCACGCCACGCAGCCUCGGCUAA